CUUUAUUUGAAAAAGAUGUACCUAAUGACAUUUUUUUUCAAGCACAAGGAUAUAUUUCAUCGCACAGUGAUACGUUAAAAUAUACCAAAAUCUACAAAUCUUAUAACACGAAUCAAACUUCUUCGAAACAAAAUCAACAAACUAUUAAAUCCAUUCAAUUAUCAACAACAGAAGAAGAAAAAUGUUUAUUAUUGAAUAAAAUAUUUAUAAAGUCUACACAUUUCUUUCGCACAGAGUUAUUACAUAAAUUCCUUAAAAUUGAUGAAUACCAAAGAAGGAAAUGGAUGAAUACCAAACAUAAAAUACCACAUAACGAAUGGAAGAUUAAAAAUAAUAUUUUAAACAACUUGGAUCAAUAUUUACCAGGAUUUAAAUGGUUAGUUGAAUAUGAUGCUAAUAAUCUUGAAGCUGAAUUAUCGAGUGAUAGAGUCGAUUUGUAUUAUGGCGGAAUGGUCUUCGUGUCAGAAGUUGGUGUUAUUAUUAUGCUUGAUCUUAAAUAUCCCGAAUACAAACCUGAAUCAUUUAUAAAGGAGAAAAGAGUUGUAACACAGAAAGAGUCUUCUUAUACGAGAUAUGAAUAUUGGAAUGAGCAAGUAUUGAGUCGUAUGAGAGUUGAAAAACUUAAGAAAAUGGUUGAGAAGAAAUUUGAAGAGGAAUGUUUUAUGGUUAUUGGAGCAAAAUUUAUUUAUGAAUCAUCUCGCUUGGAAUUUUAUGAUGGGUUUGAUAAAUUAAUUGCGGGAAAAGUUAAAGAAUUAACCAAGGUGGAUAACUUGGAUCAACUUACCAAUGAAAAUAAUGCAGAUGCCGGAUCAACAACAAUGGAACUUGUGAAACCAUUAUAA